AGAUCUAGUUUGAGGGUCUGUGCUAUCAGGAUACUUAGGCUGUUCCAAGGAUCACGCAUAAUACUGACCGUAGUGAGAAUUAUUAGACCUGGCUGAAUAUAGCCUAAGAGGUUUAUAGGGAUAAACUAAAUAUUGGAGCUGACAUCAAACAUGCUUCUUCCAUAGCCGAUAUUCGUCAAGUCUAAUCGUUCUCUCUGGUCGGAACUAUAAACACUUCCAAUUGUUUCCACCCGUAAGGAUUUAUUGGUCGAAAUGUUUGAGCUUUUUACGAAUCAGAAAACCACACUUCAAUCUGUAAAUUGUUUAGCUAAUUAGUCAACUUAAAGGCAUUCAAAUAACGCAAACUGUGACAGUUAUUUAUCCAAAGGUGAGAUGGCAGCAUCGGGGUUGGACGAUUUGAAUUUUACAAUGAAAGAGAUAACUGGCUCCGGCAGCACAAGUGAUGAGACGUUCACUGCCAUUGUUGUGCCUGAGAGUUCGUCGACUCUUUCCCUAUCAGAGGACAAUAAACUCGUCUGUGUGGAAUAUCCAGGUAUUAUCUCCAAUGUGGACAAGAUGCUGGAAAGUAUUGGGGGUAUACAAGGGAUGUCCAAGACCUAUGCUGACCCCAGCAGACGGUUGGAACUUCGCUUUCGUCCCCAGGACCCGUUCUGUCACCCUGUCUGUGGAAACCGUUACCCCUCCACCAACCUGCUGCUGCGCAUGAAAAGGAGGGUGCGUAAAGGCAACCCCAAGGAAGCCCAAAUCAGCAUGGACAUCCUGGGUGUCAUUGGGACAACAUACAAAUUCCAAGGGAUGGCAGACUUCCAGUAUCUUGCGGUGCAUUCAGCAAAGGACGGCUCACACACAUCCCUCUACGAUAAGAUCAUCUUGCGUAAACCAGAGAAUAAUGAGUUCUUUGAGCAGCCUGUGCCCCUCUUCCUUCCUCCACCCAUCUUCUCUCGCCUGGACAGUGCUGUGGACUAUAACUACCGACCUGAAAUCCAACACAAAGAAGGCCAUUGUCCCCCAACAGUCUCCAGGGAUAAUCUGAUUGGUUUGAGUCGAGCCCGUCGGCCUCAUAAUGCCAUCUUCCUCACUUUUAACGACCAGAACAUCCCCACUGAGCCCCUGGAGGCUGCCAAGGUCAACUGGAAGAGAGUGUGUGUUCACCCCAGUGACAUAAAGGCAGAGGAACAACUGAAGGAGAUGUUUGAGAGCCGGCCCAUCUGGUCCGGGUACGCAGUCAAGGCCAACCUGGACCUCCACCCUGAUAAACUGAAGCUGCUGCUCCCUAUCAUGGCCUACUAUAUGGUGACAGGCCCCUGGAGGAGCCUCUGGGUGAGAUUUGGCUACGACCCUUGCAAGACACCAGAGGCCAAGAAAUACCAGGUGCUGGAUUUCAGGAUCCGCUGCAGUACCAAGCAUGGAUAUACUAUAAAUGACAUGCCAGUGAAGGCCAAGAGGAGCACUUUCAACUAUACCCUGCCAAUCACACUUAACAAAGCAGUGCCCCAGGCUGCUAAUGUGACAGAUUUACCUCCUGAGGGCCCUGCUGGUGGACGUAGUGCAAAUAUAACCAGAUACCAGCUCAAGGAUUCCUCAUACAUAUUCCGAGAUGGGACCCUGCCCCCCCACAGGCAGAUGUUCUACCAGCUCUGUGAUCUGGAUGUGGAGAGCAUAAGGAACGUGAUCAGUCGGAACGAUGGCCAGGAGGAGGAGUGUGACGAGAGGGAUGGCUGGUGUCUGUCCCACACCUCUGAUGACCUCCGAGAUAUCAUGUCCUCCAUGAUCAAGCAGGUUAUCCGUGCCAAGAGGUCAGCUCCAUACUCUUCUGGGCCGGAGAGUUCUAUUCCCAGGCGAAAGACCCCAGAAAGUGGAGAGGAUGAUGAAGAGGAGAAUGAGGAAGAUGAGUUUCAUCCCUCAGAGGGGAGUGACAAUGAGAUGCAGACAGAGAUGCUGGAUUAUAUGUGAGGAUGGACACGUCUACCCCUGCCCUGAGAAAUGGACUGGAAUUGUACAAACUUGCUUCGUUCUCUAUACAAACAUACUUUUUUGUGUAUUUGCAAAUUAGUGUGAAUAAAUGUGUUUAAGUUGA